GUCUUUUUCCAUAAAAAUAAAAAUAGAAAUAUCUGCUGAGUGAGUGAAUUGAUUUUGAAAGGAAGGGUGUAUUCCAUUUCUGAUUUAUUGAUCAAACAAUAUAAUCUGUGAUUCCUUAAUCCCAUGAAUGCAACUCAUUCUAUUAGUCUUCCGUGCUGUUUUAAUAUUAUUUCAAGAAACAAAAUGCUGCAAUCUAUUAAUCUUCCUUCUGUCUCUACAGUUUCUUUUUUCUGUCCCAUUUCUAUCUCCUCACCAACUUUUCUGGGGCUGCAAUCAAGUGCAAAAGGUUCAGGAAGCCCACACCAGCAAAUUUAUAAGACAAGGAGCUGCACCACCCAUAUUUCUGUGAGCGCAUCUCGUGGUACAGAGGUGCAUGUAUUGGAGGAACACGCUCUGAGCAUGGAAGAUACUAGCGAAGCAUUUAAAAUCCUUCCUGGCCAGGCAUUGCCUUUGGGAGUUUCAGAAAUUGAGGAUGGAAUAAAUUUUUCAGUCUUUUCGCAGCAUGCAACCUCAGUGACUCUGUGCCUGUUAUUUCGUCCCACUGGCUGGGGGGAUUGUGAUACUAGAAAAGAAGAUAUGGUGGAAUUAGGGCUAGAUCCAAGUGUGAACAGGACAGGAGAUGUAUGGCAUAUUUGUAUUGAGGAUCUUCCUCGAAGUAAUGUUCUUUAUGGUUACCGUAUUGAUGGUCCAAAAGAUUGGGGACAAGGGCAUCGAUUUGACAGUAGCAUUGUUCUGAUUGAUCCUUAUGCAAAAUUUAUCGAAGGUCGUCGCCUUUUUGGAGAUCCAAAUAAUAAGAUCUCCAAGUUCUUGGGGACGUAUGAUUUUGAGAGCCCAACCUUUGACUGGGAAGAUGAUGUGAACCCAAACAUACCAGAGAAAGAUCUUGUCAUUUAUGAAAUGAAUGUCCGUGCAUUUACUGCUGAUGAGUCUAGUGGGAUCGAUGCAGAUAUACGGGGAAGCUAUCUUGGUGUUAUCGAGAAGAUUCCACAUUUGUUGGAGCUUGGAAUCAAUGCUGUGGAAUUUCUUCCAGUCUUCGAGUUUGAUGAGAUGGAGUUCCAAAGGCGCCCCAACAGCAGAGAUCACAUGAUUAAUACUUGGGGCUAUUCAACUAUCAACUUCUUUGCACCUAUGAGUCGUUAUGCAAGCUGUGGUGGAGGACCUCUCAAUGCUGCAAGAGAAUUCAAGGAAAUGGUUAAAGCCUUGCAUGAUGCUGGAAUAGAGGUCAUCUUGGAUGUUGUAUAUAAUCAUACAAAUGAGGGUGAUGAUAAACUUCCUUACACUACUUCUUUUCGCGGUAUAGAUAAUAAGGUCUAUUACAUGCUGGAUGAGGAUAGCAAGUACAUGAACUUUUCUGGCUGUGGAAACACAUUAAAUUGCAAUCAUCCUGUGGUCAUGGAGCUCAUUAUUGACAGCUUGAGACACUGGGUCAAUGAAUACCACGUAGAUGGCUUUCGCUUUGACCUGGCCAGUGUGCUAUGUCGAGGAACUGAUGGUUUGCCCCUUAGUGCACCUCCUCUUGUGAGGGCCAUUGCAGAAGAUGAUGUUCUGUCAAAAUGUAAGAUAAUCGCUGAGCCAUGGGAUUGUGGAGGGCUGUACCUUGUUGGGAAGUUUCCUAAUUGGGACCGGUGGGCAGAAUGGAAUGGCAAGUAUCGUGAUGAUGUGAGAAGAUUUAUAAAGGGUGACUGCGGUUUGAAAGGAUGCUUUGCAACUCGCAUAUCUGGAUCUGCAGACCUAUACAGAGUUAACAAGCGGAAGCCAUACCAUAGCAUUAACUUUGUUAUUGCUCAUGAUGGAUUUACUUUGUAUGAUCUCGUUUCAUACAAUGUCAAGCAUAAUGAUGCAAAUGGAGAAGGGGGAAGGGAUGGAAGCAAUGAUAACUAUAGUUGGAACUGCGGUUUUGAAGGAGAAACUGAGGAUGCAAAUAUCAUUGCUUUACGUUCACGACAAAUGAAAAACUUCCAUUUAGCUUUGAUGGUCUCUCAGGGUACACCAAUGAUGCUAAUGGGGGAUGAAUACGGUCAUACCCGGUUUGGAAACAACAACACUUAUGGACACGAUAAUGCCCUUAACAACUUCCAGUGGGCAAAGUUAGAUGCAAAGAAAGAAGACCACUUUCGAUUUUUCUCGGAAGUUGUGAAGUUCCGCAAAACGCAUGACAUAUUUAAACAUGAAAAUUUUCUUGAGAAGAAGGAUGUCACAUGGCAUGAGGACAAUUGGAGCAAUAGCGAGUCUAAAUUCCUGGCUUUCACAUUACACGGUGAAAAAGGAGACGAUAUAUACUUGGCAUUCAAUGCUCAUGACUACUUUGUUGAAGUUGCAAUACCCUCACCACCACAAAAUAAGGAUUGGUUCAGAGUGGUGGAUACAAAUCUCCAAUCUCCUGACGAUUUUGUAGCAGAGGGUGUCCCAGGCGUAAAAAGCACAUACAAUGUAGCUCCCUAUUCGUCAAUUUUACUUGAAGCCAAGUAACAAAAGCGUUAAAACAUACAAACUUGCGAACUUCAAACAUGAAUGGAGCUAUAGUUGUACCAUGCCUAUCGACGGUGCAAGCACAAUAGCCCUAUUGAUGUACUAGAGGAAGCUGGCAGGCUAGCAUUGAUAACGACCACGCAGUUACUAUAAAGGUUUAACAAGUCGAACUAUGAUGUACAAUCCUCUAGUAAGAUUGUAAUAAAAGAGACGAAACAAUAAUGCAAUUAUAAGUACCGGAAACAAUCAUUUUACUUA